AUGUUAUCCCUCUGGUUUCUGUCAUUGCUUGCUCUCCGAGGUUCAGUCGCGAAAGCCGAAGCUGAUAGUGAUCUGAUGUCCUUUGUCACGCUGCCGGAGAUCAGAGCCCUAAAAUUCGAUAUUGCCUAUUACGAUCGGCCGGCUGUCAGUCCGGGGUAUUGGUUCGUUGCGCCAUAUGGCGUGAUUGACCCAGAAGCACCCACGAAGCAAUGGAAACCUUGCCAAGUUGGACCCUACAUUUAUGACGCAGAUGGUGUUCUCAUCUGGGCCGGAUCUUGCAUGUUUGACAACCGCAACAUAUUUGAUUUCAAGGCCGUGAAGAACAUUGACAACGAAUCCCACCUUUCAUUCAUUCUUCAACAUGGCUACAAUUCCGGUGCAUCGGAUAAAGGAUAUGGUUACAUCCUCGACCAGCAUUACGAGCCGGAGAAUGUAGUUGCAGUGACUAACGAUCUUGGGACUUUCAAUAUGCAUGAGUUCAAUGUCCUCGACGGCGGAAAGACAGCACUAGCUUGCGCCUACCGGAAUGAAUACGUGGAUUUAGGGGACCUUGGCCGGCCAAACGAGUACGGUUGGAUAGUCACAGGGGGGCUCGUCGAGCUGGACAUCGCGACAGGCGAGGUCUUGUUCGAGUGGAAUUCACUGGGAUACAUUCCCAUUCAUGAGUCUGUCAAAGUAAACGCCGACUGGCCGGCAUCCAAUGAACCUGGCUGGGAUUAUGUGCAUGUGAACGCGGCAGACAAAAAUGCGGCAGGUGAUUAUCUGCUGUCGGCCCGAUUCACAAGCACAAUCUACUUAAUAUCCGGCGAAGACGGACGCAUCAUUUGGCGACUGGGCGGUAGGUAUUCCGAUUUUGUCCAGGAUUUUACCUUUUCCAAGCAACAUCACGCGCGGUUUGUGGAUUCUAACGCCACGCACACGACUCUCUCUUUCCUCAACAAUGCGUCUGAUGAGGCGGAGAACGAGGAGACAGUCUCAGCUGCGAUGUUCGUCCAGGUCGACACAACAACCAUGACGGCCCGCCUACUUGAUCGGUACGACCGGCCAGACGGCGACCUGACCAGGCUGCGUGGCAGUGUUCAAAGGCUGCCCAACGGCAACGUCUUUGUUGGUUGGAGCGAGCGAGGAUACCAGAGCGAGCAUAGUCCUGACGGCAAGGUACUGAUGCAGGCUAAUUUCGCGUCCACGCGCUUCUCUUCUUACCGGUCGUACAAAUUCCCCUUCGUGGGUCGGCCUAGCCAACCGCCGGACGUUGUGGCAUCGGUCUACGGAACGGACGAGACGGAUAUGGCAACCAUCUUCCAUGUCAGUUGGAACGGUGCAACGGAUGUUGCAUCCUGGAACUUCUAUGCACGCGUUGACCGGCAGGGUCUUCCGGUGCUGAUCGGCAACACCACCAAAUUCGACUUCGAGACCAUGUAUAUCGCCGAAGGCUACCUGGACUGGGUAUCAGUGGAAGCAGUCGACGGGGAUGGCAACGUUUUGGGCACAUCAGAGAUCCACCGGACAGACACACCGCCGAACUGGCGCCUGGCCGGAUUCCAGGGCGAUGCGAAGCCCGCGCCGGACGAUCCAGCUAUUCUAUAUGGCAAGCAGAAGGCACCAGAGGAGGACGUGGAAGAGGUCGAUGAGGCAUAUGAAAAGGCCAAGGAGGAGGCCAAGGCCGUCAAUAUGGCCAAUGAGAUCAUUCACGGUGUGGGUGGCCUUUUGAUAUUCAUUUUAGUGGUGUGUUCCGUCAGCGGGCUCCUGGCGGGCAUCUACUGGAUGCUUCAGCAGCGUCGUAUGCAGGCAUACUACGAGGUUCCAGUGGUGGCGGAUGAUUAG